GAGCAUGCGCGGUAGAAGAAAAAGCGGAACUGAUGCGCGGUUUCCAGCUAAUUGUGCUCACAUUGAAACGAUCAUAUAUGUGUUAAUAAUAUUGAUGGAAUCUGGGUUACAUUUCUCCCAAUACACAGAUUGAGAAUCUGUCCGAUACGUCACGUCACAUAUGUGAACAUGCCCCGCAGAAAGAGAACCACAGGCAGCAGUUCAGAUGGGACAGAGGACUCGGAUUUCUCUGCCGAUCUUGAGCCAACCGAAACAGUCAGAAACGCAAAGCAACGUAAGAACGCGCGCCUGACUCGAACGUCGGUACGUCUCAGCCAAAGCACUCAAGAUAACUCCAUAGUACAAAGCAGUUCUCCUGCAGCUGUGGCCCCCGAAGAAGUUUUGGAGGCAGCAGUGUUUUCCACAGGGCGCAGAAUCACGCGCAGCCAGCAGGGCACGACAAACACCACGGCCAAAAAGUACCCGCUGCGCCAGGGCAGAACAUCAGGUUCAGAUGUGGAGCCUCAUGCAGUAAUAAAGCAGGCGGCAGACCACGACGAGACCCCUCCCCGCACGCCGACCGGCAAUGCCCCGUCUUCCGAGUCAGACAUUGAGGCCUCCAGCCCUGGCAAUGACCUUGUGUCUUCCAGCAACGAUGUCAUAGUUUCUCAAGAGGAAGACGAGAGAUUGGCAAAGGAGCUUUCCCUUAAAGAGGCUGCCGCUCACGACCUUUCCCACCGGCCCAAGCGGCGGCGCUUUCACGAGAGCUACAACUUCAACAUGAAGUGCCCUACACCUGGGUGUAACUCACUGGGUCACCUGACCGGCAGACAUGAGAGACACUUCUCCAUAUCGGGAUGUCCUCUUUAUCACAACCUUUCAGCUGACGAAUGCAAGGGCAAACCAUCAACUCGCGAAAAACAGGCCGAGGAAAGGACCCUGUCUCACCGGCAAGACGAGAAUAGACACUCCACGAGGCACCAGUCCCCAACAGAGUGUCAGCUGCGCUACAAGGAGAAGGUGACUGAGCUGAGGAAGAAGAGGAACUCUGGCCCCAAUAAGGAGCAGAAAGAAAAGUACAUGGAUCAUCGUCAGAGCCACGGGACCAGUCGCGAGCCCCUGCUGGAGAACAUCACCAGCGACUACGACCUGGAUUUGUUCAGGAAAGCGCAGGCACGUGCCUCGGAAGACCUUGAGAAGCUUCGUCUGGCGGGUCAGGUGUCGGAGGGGAGCAACAUGAUUAAAAUCAUUGUGUUUGGUCGCUACGAACUGGAUACUUGGUACCACUCUCCGUACCCGGAGGAAUAUGCCCGCUUGGGAAGGCUGUACAUGUGCGAAUUCUGCCUUAAGUAUAUGAAGAGCCAAACCAUCCUGCGCAGACACAUGGCUAAGUGUGUUUGGAAGCAUCCCCCUGGCGAUGAAAUCUACCGAAAAAGCAACAUCUCAGUCUUCGAGGUGGACGGCAAGAAGAACAAGAUUUACUGUCAGAACCUGUGUCUACUGGCCAAACUCUUCCUGGACCACAAGACUCUGUAUUACGACGUUGAACCUUUCCUCUUCUACGUGAUGACUGAGGCUGACAACACAGGUUGCCACCUAGUCGGGUAUUUCUCCAAGGAGAAAAACUCUUUCCUAAACUACAACGUGUCCUGCAUCCUCACUAUGCCACAGUACAUGAGGCAAGGCUACGGCAAGAUGCUAAUAGACUUUAGUUACCUGUUGUCGAAGGUGGAGGAGAAAGUGGGUUCACCAGAGCGCCCCCUAUCUGACCUGGGCCUUAUCAGCUAUCGUAGUUACUGGAAGGAGGUGCUGCUACGCUACUUGAACAACUUUCAAGGGAAGGAAAUCUCUAUUAAAGAAAUCAGCCAGGAGACGGCAGUGAACCCUGUGGACAUCGUCAGCACGCUGCAGUCCCUCCAGAUGCUGAAAUACUGGAAGGGCAAGCACUUGGUUUUAAAGCGACAGGACCUCAUCGAUGACUGGAAAGCCAAGGAGCGUAAACGUGGCUCGGGAAAAACCAUCGACCCCACAGCUUUAAAGUGGACGCCGCCAAAAGGGACGUAAAAGAUCUUCAACACAACACACAUCCUCUUUUGGCACACACACACAAACACACACACUCACACUGGUCUAGUUCACUUGCAGCAGCUUCUUACAGAGUCAGAUAUUAGUGCAAGUUUGGCACUCGUUGGAAUUUCGACAAUAUACUUUAGUUUUUGUCUCUUUGGUUACUGCUUCACAUUGUCCUGGAUAAGAAAGAAAAAGUCAUUACGUGUGUUUUCAAUCCUACUAACGCUGACCUGACUGAGCUCUGACUGGGAAAAAACUUGAAAGUUAUUUAUUGCUCCAAAAUAACAAUAAAAAAAAAAGUUUGCCUAAUAGGAAACUCAUUCACAAAUUUGUCUUGGUCUUUUAAAAGGCUUUGGGAUUCUAUUUUGGUCGAAAUGCAAAAGAAUGUGAAGAAGAUAAAUACUUCUGAAACCUAAAGCUAUAGCUGCCAUUGGCCUUAUUUGGACUUUGUUGUCUUUUAACUGGGACCUGCCUUCAUUUUUUUUGUCUUCUGUAAUGACCUUAAAGACAAAUUAUCUUUUUUUUCCCCCCUCUAAGUUCAUUAUUUAAUCCUUUUCUACCUCGUCGGGUUUACCACUGUGGAAAUGGUGAAAUGUACACCGUUUGAAGCUUCUUUUUUCAAGUCUCUUUCGAUCUUGUGUAAAAAUGGAAUGUGCAAAGCCUUUUUUUUUUUUUUUUAUUAAAUUCUUCAAGAUGUGUUUAUAUGGUUAAAAAGGGUGUAAAGUGUUGACAAACUUUGUUAGAAGAUGAACUGGUUCAAGGAUACUUCCAUAAGUCUCCCAGUUUAGAUUUGAAUGUCAAUCUUAAAACUUGCAAAAGGGAUUAAAAAAAAAGGUAUUUACAUUUUAGACAUUUAUAUUAUAGUUUAUUAUAGUAUAUGUCAGUGUUACACAAUGUCACUCCUUGGUACUUUUUUUUUUUACUGCAAACUGUUUUUCAUAUUUUAUUUGAUUGCAAUUGCACAAACUUUACAAUGUUUUGGUUAACUAUUUGGGAAAAAACACAAAAACAGGUUGUUUAAGCUUCUGACUUUUUGGCAAAUCCAAAAUUGAUCAAACAAUUGAUGUUAUACAAUAAUGUAUUCAAUUCAAUCAUGUUUCAGUCAUAAUGCUAAACUAAGCUAAUGUUUAUCACCUUCCAUCAACCUGAUUAACAUGUGUGAUGUUUUUAUAAUUUCCUUUUACUGUACACUCCUAAGCAUUUUACCAAAUCAUUAUUUUUUUAUGCUGACUCUACAAUCAACAAUUGUUCGGGCUUGUUGAAUGUUUUUUUUUUUCAAAACUUCCCCCAAGCUUAAUGAGAGCGUUCCAUACUGGAAUGGAGAAGAUUUGGUUAGAACGGGGGUGUCCAAAGUUCAGCCUACAGCUUGAUUUUUUUCUUUAUUUAUGUUAGAAAACAAAAUAAAACGUAAAACAAAAAUAGCGGUGGAGAAGGGGGUUAAUGAGAAUUAAAAUGUCAAAAAUAGUAACUUUGCUAUACUAUAUUUCAUAUGAUUCAGAUUUAACAAAAAAUAUUUGCCCAAAUUUUCCUAAGUUUUUGUAUACGAUAAAGCACAGCCAAAGAUUGUGUGUAACGAACGAGUCUGUCCAUUUGUGUCAUUCAGUGGAAACAAUUCUAUACUUUUUUAGAUGAAUUUAACUCUUAUUUUUAAAAUACGACUGCAAAAUAAUCCACCUUGGGGCCAAAACAAAGUUGCAAAACUUUGAUAAAGAAGGCGAGAAACACUAUUGAACUCAAGAAAUACGAGGAUGGCUUUCUGCUCGAUAAAAGUGAAAUAUGUUUAUGGUGGAAAUUUACUUCUGUUUUUGUACAAGUUGGUUUUCGUUAUGGAUGUCCGGAUCGGAUAAUAGCAAAAAAACAAGUUUGGAUGAUAUCGGCUUGCAUUUAAAAUCUCCGCUAUAAGAUCCGAUACAAGCCAUCCUGCUUGUGCAAAGCUGGACAGCCAGGUAACUUUUAAAUGUCCUACAAUAAACUUACUAGGUUGGUCUUUUAGUCAUUUACAAAAGGUAUACAUGGUAAGCUACAGUUUAAGAGCUAGCAGCUACGCAGCAGCUAAGCACACGAUAGCACACAAGCAUUUGUAAUAAGUGUCCUUAAUUGAACAAUGUUGCAGUCUACAAAAGGAAAUUUGUUGAUAUAAAGAAGUAUAAAAUAACUAUAGUUGUAUAUUACUUACAGAUACAAAGUCUCCAAGGCAGAAGUGUAUUACCAAGUACUCAGUAGCCAAUAUGUCCGUAUCAUUCGAACUUACUAUGUCAUGCCCUUAAUUUAAUGAAUUAAUGUGACCACCAUGUGUGACCACCAUGUGUCCAAAAUAUUUCAAAACACAAAUUAACACCUCACUUAUAGAUCAUAAAUCUGUCAUAAGAUGAUAGUUUUUCAUACCUACCAUUGUUCUCUGUUUGACUGAUUUCACUUGAUCAAGCCUUUUAUUACAUUCCACACUACAAAAUAAUGUACGCACUCGGG